UCAAGUCGUCGGAUUCAAAAUGUCAAUAACAAAGAAUGAAUGAUUUUUAUUCAAAGAUAAUCACGACGUGUUUGUUCUGCUAAAGAGAUCGUGACUGUCACUCAUUGGUGUGUCUAGCAAAUUAUACUUUUAAACUGUCAAGGCAUCUGAUAAAUUAUAAAAGAAAUGGAUGAAAGAAGUAAAAAGAAGAGGCGGCGAUCAAUCAGAAACUUGAGGCGCCAGUCCAUUAUUUUCGGAUCUGGAAAUGAUGACAUUGUAACUCUUGGCAAUGAAAACAUUGCCAGCACUACCGAGGACGAGUAUGGAAGUCUGUGGGUGGACAGCGAGGUCUUUGUACCGGCAACUAAAUGUAGCAGAUCAUUGUCAAUGUCAUCGCACAGUUGUACUGUUCAGAGCGAGGUCGAACACAUCACCAAUGGUUUUACAAGUCAAACAUCUAUAAGUGGACCACCUGGUGAUUUGUCUCCAAUAGAAUUAGCCAGGUUUCCCAGUAACAACUUGUCACCUAAAGUCAUGACUCCCUACAACAUGUUUACAAACAUAAAAUGCUUGGAGGAACAGACGCCGGGUGUCAAUAGUGACAGUGUUCAUGUCAUUAAACAAAAUGGUCACAGUUUAGAUGCAGCCUUUCUUAGCGAUACUGUUUGUAUAACACCUAAUAGUGAUCCCAUUUAUAAACCAUCAUCCACAUGCACUAGUUCCAGUGAAGGUCUGUUACACAGAGACUUGUCUUCUUUGAGUCGAACAGUCAAAUGUUCUCCAAGUUCAGAUCUUAGCCCUAUGUUUUCACCAGUCACUCCAAAUAUCAGGUAUACUGACACGUCUAUGCAUGAAUUAUCUAAUGGAAUUCCUGAGUUACAGGUUACUCCAUACGAGUCACCUGGUGAUCAACAUAAUCUCACUGAACCUACCGACAAAGAUACUCUUUACACAGCUUUAAGCACUGGUCAGUCAGAGCUGUAUGAUGGUAACACAAAUGAAAUGAAUAAAAAGUCUAAAAAAUCUGUUCCUAGUGACAAUAUUCCUUCUGUAAACACACACAUAAACAAACUGAAGACCCAAGAUGCUAAUGAUGUAUUGCAGAUCAAUGUGGAUUCUGAUGAUGGUCAAACUGUCAUGGUAACAGUUCAGCUGACUGAUCGUCCUUGUACAUUACCUACGUCUUGUACCAGACUCUCAACCAAGUGUUCAGGAUCUUCUGGUGACAGUAGAGCAGUAAACACUUCAAACAAUAAACACAAGUCUGUUGUUGCAAGAGACACACAGUCCUUUGAUGCAGCUGAAAAGAAUGACUUAAGAUUUUCCCAACAGGAAUCUAGUGCUGCAAACAUUGAAUAUAAUGGUGUGUUUGAUAAUAACAGUAACAUUGAGUGGAAUCCUGAGGAUGAAAUUUUUUACACACCAAAGGCAGCAAAAUCUCCAAGUCGACUGCAAGCAAAACGUCUGGUCACUGGUGCAGCACAAUUCAUCCAAACCAUUGCCACAAAAUUGUCAAAGGAAAAGAAAAACCGAAGAAAGAGUAAUUUCUUGUUCGAAGGCAUUUCAGCACCAUUGCUGAAAAGUCCAAAAGAAACUCCUGUCAUUUCUGUUGAAUCAGUGAAGAAAAGUUACUGCACUCAAGAGGAAAAGGAAAAUAACUGUCCGCAUUCAUUUUUUAUUUCAGUGAAUGAAUGUUCAAAUAAUGCAAAACCAGUGUCUGUUAGCCAAUCCAUUGAAGUUAAAAAUACCAGCUAUACCAGUAACAUGAGUGGUUUGUUAAUUGUGAAUAAUGAAAGUGGUGCUGCGCUUAUAAACUCUGGCUCUGAUUCUCCUCAGAUAGUAGAAACUGUUGACCAAGAGACUGAUGGAUCAUGGUCCAAGCCUUGUGUUGUGGGAGAUUCUGGCUUGACCAAACAUUUGGAGAGAGUGUCCUCUGUCUCUGAAACCAUCAAUGACGUUGACUAUACAGACUGUACUAUGGCAGAGGCCAACAAUAGUUGUAAGUCAGAUUCCUUGCAGCAAAUGAGAAACAGAGGACUACACAGAUCUGCUGACUUUACUCAUGUGACUGAACGUGAUACUUGUGGUGACUUAACCAUUGACCAGACUGACUGUACUGUGGUGGACUCUGACAAUAGUAACAAGCCACAUUCCUCGAAGAUAGGAAGGAGCAGUAGACCUCACAGAUCUUCUGACGGUAUCCUAACUGAACGUGAUGACCUAUCCGUUGACCAGACUGACUGUACUGUGGUGGACUCUGACAAUAGUAACAAGCCACAUUCCUCACAGCAAGCAUCUGCUUCAAGGAACAGAAGACGGCGCAAAUCUGCUAACUUUACCAUUGCGACUGAAUGCUAUGCUUCUUAUGACCUAUCCGUUGACCAGACUGACUGUACUGUGGUGGACAGUGACAAUAGUGACAAGCCAGAUUGCUCGCUGCAAGCAUCUGCUUCAAGGAACAGAAGACGACGCAGAUCUGCUAACUUUAACCGUGUGACUGAAUGUGAUGCUUCUUAUAACCUAACCGUUGACCAGACUGACUGUACUGUGGCAGACUCUCACAAUAGUGACAAGCCAGAUUCCUCGCUGCAAGUAUCUGCUACAAGGAACGUAAGAGGACGCAAAUCUGCUAACUUUAUCCUUGCUACAGAAUGUGAUGCAUCUGUUGACCAUGUGGCUGAAGAAGUUUCUUAUAUUCGCAGACGAUCACGCAGACAUUCAUUUGAAAUGUGCAGACAACAAAGCAAGCAGAAAUUCAACUAUCUCUGCUCGGAUUUAACUGAUGACAGUACAGAUGAUGCUGAUGUACAGAUAUGUUCUGGACUUGCAAACAAUUCUGAACCAAAACCACAAAAGGUCAGACGAUACCGAAAGAAAAAUGAGAAUUUAGAAGAUCUUUAUAGAAAUAAAAACUUUAAAAUGCCUGAUAAAAAGACUUGGGAAACUAUCUUUGAAGUCCCACAUGAUGGAACUCUUGUCAGCAAGAAGAAGCAAAAUCGAAUACUUUUAUUUGAAAACGUCCCACCAGCAAAGAAGAAGCGACGACAGCAAAAAGCUGCUAAACUUGGGUGGGAUGUUACUGGCAGAAAGCGAGUGAAAAUGUCUGAUGAUUAUGUCAGAGAUUUCAUCAGUGCAAUAUCUCAAGACCUAGCUUGCAUGGAUUGUGUGUAGGUGAUCAUUAUAGAAUAAAACCCCCACAAGAGGACUGGUUUGCUGUGAGUCAGGUCAUAAACUUAUAUAUGUUGGUUAGUAGGCUUUUUUUCUUUUUUUUAACUUUUUAUGUAAUGUUGAAAAAAGGAAGCAAAAAGCUCAAACAAACUUAUUACUAGUGGAGGAAAAGUGAAUAUAGGUGGGGGUUUUAUGAGUCAAUGUAGUUAUGUAAAGCAUUUUAAAAGCUUUGUAUUGGAGAAACUUGAAAGAGACUACUGGUAUUGUUGAAUAUGAAGUUAAAAAGUCAAACUCGCAUGUUAUUCAAGUAGGGAGAAAUUGUUUUAAGUUUAUGUGUGACAGAUGAUGGAUGAAAAUCUUGUAUAUGAAAAGCCAUCUUAAGCCUGAGCACUGCAGUUAAGUGAAACUGGGCCAUAAAAUAUGACUGAUUUUCAAACAGGUACAGUGAACAUGUGCAUGUAUGCUGUACAGUUACAAAGCUAUAGUCACUCAAGAAAUUAGUUUUUAUUCUACUAAAAUUUAGUAUACUUGUAAAGUAAUCUUUGUCUUGAAAUGUACACGUGUUGUAGUUUGUAAGUUUUUUGCAUUAAGUACUGUAGGAAUUGCAUUAAUAUGUCAACAUGUAAUUUGGUAUUAUAACCCCUACAAAAAGCUGAAUUAAGAUCAUGUACAUUUCUAGGAAAUGGAAAUAAUGUCAAUUAUCACAGAUUGAUUUAUUAGGAUACUUUUCACUGACCUGAAGUUUUACUGGUUUAUAAUAUGACAUUACAUGUGUUUGUUUCUGAUCCAAAAGCAUUGAAAUAAAUGCAUUUUAAAUGUU